AUGGAUGCUCUGCACGAACCGCAGGCCAUGGAGAAGAUCCUUAACGCCGCCCUGCCAGACAGGCAUAUGGUGUUGCUGGCACGCUGUGAGGGCCACUGCAGCCACACCACCCGCUCUGACCCCCUCAUCUCAUUCAGCUCAGUGCUCAAACAGCCCUUCAAGAGCACCUGCUCCUGCUGCCGGCCACACACCUCCAAGCUGAAGGCGGUGAGGCUGCGCUGCGCUGGCGGGACUCGCAUUACGGCCACUUACAGAUACAUCCUAGCGUGUAACUGUGAGGAGUGCAGCUGAGCAGGGAGCAGCAACCCUCCCAAACCCUCAAGACUCUCAAGACCCAGGAUCCUCUUUGACCUUGGGCCUUACUCUGAAGCUAUCCAGAGCUUUUUGGUUGAUUGUAGGAGUGACAGCAGCUCAGGAUGCUUGUUGUUGUCAUGGGAGUGAUAGUUUGGAGCAAUCACAUAGGCCUUGAGACUCGGACACAACAUACUAUACACUCUCCAUUAUGUGCAUCCAAUCAGUGCAAACCAUACAGAGCAUAUUUCUCUAGCACACAAGGCCAGACACCACAAACUGCUGCUCCCAUGGGCCAGACAGACCCUCCUCACUGCAGAGACGCACUGCACUCAUUACAGGCCUCUGUAAUCCAUACCACACAUGCUCACAAACCACAGUGUGAGAGCUCAUUACAAAUAUCUGUAACAGCUUUCUGCCAGCUCCAUAAAAACCCCACUAUGCAUUUGACAACAAAACAACACGGCUUGUAAAAGAAGCAGCAUGGGAAAGGAACGAGGCCCCGAUGAGAACGAGCGGGGUCCGCAUGAGCCCCGGACAUGUGGUGGAUCUAUAGAGAAGCACCUGCGCUGUGCUUAUUCACCCAAUAACAUUUUACACACUCCCUGCAGACUUUCAUCUCGCUGUGUAAAACAUGAGCGAUGCUGACAGGAGAGCUCAUCAGGUGGACAAUGAAAGAGUAGUGGCAGAUGGUGUAAAAGGAGCUCUGAGGAUGAGAAAAGAGCAAGGAGAAAGGUCAAGCCAGCGCCUGGGUGGGACUGUGAAAAGACUGUCAAGGCAAUUAUUUUAAAUUUUUUUAAAUAAUCUAUUCUAUUUGGAUCUUUGUAAUGUUCCUGUCAACAUUAUUGAAACUAUAGCUACUAUCAUGCCGGAUUUUUGGAAACUGACGCUUUUGCCUGUGGUAUAACGUUACUAAUGACAUAUCCGAUGUUUUGAAGAAAAAACGAUUGUGUCAAAACAGCACUGUGGUUGCUCUGCAUAUGUCUGCAAUGCCUGCAUACAUUUUUCUCAUAGUCCACAAUGAUGAAUCCACAACUUCAAACGUGCAUAUAAGUCCUUCGGUGUUUGUGCCAGGCUCUAACAACGUCAUUGACCGUUCUUGUGGUCAGUUUAUCCGAAUUAAAAAAAUACCAACUCAGUCCCAUUGUACCCAUUGUGGUUUAUUCAUCCUAAAAACAAAAACACUCAAAUUCUCUUAUACUACAACUUCAGUGCAUAGAUUUUGAAUUUAUGCAAACUAAUGGGAGGUGUUAUGGAGUAAAAAAAAAGGUCAUAGUCCAAAUAGUCUGCUUAGAACAAUAAU